AUGCAGAAGGAAAUUCAGCAUCAACAUGAAUUUGAAACUCAGAUGUUGGAUAGAGUACUUCCUAAUAGUCUAGCUGUAAAAGUUGGUGAAACGAUUGAUCGUUUGGUACAAGUAUUAAAAAUAGAUCGAGUUGAUCCUGGACAACAAUUACAAGAGCCGCAACCACAACAGCCUCAUGCUCAAUGCUGGUGGUGUUCCCAGUCUCUCACAACAGCUGGUCAACAAGAAUUUGUCACACAGCAACCACAGCAACAAGUCACAUCUCCUGCUUCACCAGUACAACAUGUUAGUAUUAGUGACAGACAAGGAGCCAAACAGAUUGAUGAAGAUGCUCAAAUACACCAGGUUGAACUCUCGCAAACCACUAUUCAAGGUGAUGCUAAUCGUGAACAUGCAGAUGAAGGGUAG